CAGCCGAGGCGUUACUUCUCGAUAUGGCAGGCAGGCACGUGCUUGAUGUUGCCACGGGUGACGUCAUCUCAUCUCACAACCAGCUUCACUGUGCAACGGCGGCCGUAACGCGCCCGGGACCGACGCGACACAAGCUCAGAUGCAUGCGAUGUCGACCCCGGCAACAGUCGACCAGUAUAGGAUACCUACUAGAGCGGACGGUGCCCGCAGAACCCACGCGGAGUGACAUCGGGUUCUAUUCUGGGCCACGGGUCCCAUCAGACACUGGCGCCAUUGAGUCUGGGGAAGGGCCCGUUACCACACCGCGGAUACACAUAGCGUAUAUCUCGGUUUUUCUGCGCGCAGAUGAUCUGGAUUGCGGCGUUGCGCCAGGGUCGGAUGCAGGCGAUUAUGACUCAUGGGCGGAGGCUGCUGUUGGGUUCCUGUGACAGUACUUAUACGCACGGAGGAGUGGGGGGGACGUACCGGACUUGACUGCUCCUCCUCCUCCUCCUCCGCUCCGAUGCCGACACUCCGCAACUUGCUCUGCACGGCCCUCCUGUCUGCUGCGGCUGCCCACGCACACUAUAUAUUCCCGAACCUGACCAUCGGGGGCGUCACCUCCGCCAACUGGGCGAACAUCCGGCAGACGAACAACUGGCAGGCCCUGACCCCCCAACAAGACGUGACGGUGGCCGACAUCCGCUGCUACGACUCGGCGUUCUCGAACGGCAUCGGCACGGCCACGACGACCAAGGCCGCGGCGGGGUCCGCGGUGACGUUCAACGUCUUCGGCAACCCGUCCAACCUAUACCACCCCGGUGUCCUCAAUGUGUACAUGGCGAAGGCGCCCACGGGCACGGACGUCUCCAAGUGGGACCCGACAGGCGCCGUGUGGUUCAAGGUGUACCAGAUCAGCGCUGUCACGGACGGCGGGUCGACGAUCACGUUCCCCGCAACGGGCCUUGCCUCAGUCACGUUCAACAUCCCCUCCGCCACACCCUCGGGCCAGUACUUGAUUCGCAUCGAGCAUAUUGCGCUGCACAGCGCGUCGUCCUACGGGGGCGCCCAGUUCUACAUCUCCUGCGCGCAAGUCGAGGUCACUGGCGGUGGAUCGGGCACGCCAGGCCCGCUCGUCGCGUUCCCUGGUGCUUACACCGGAAAUGUACGAAAUCUUUCAUAUCGUCUUGGCUUGCUGACUCCCGUGUGUGCGCGUAGGAAUCUGGAAUCCUGUACGAUCAAUAUCUACUACCCCAUCCCCGCGACCUACACCCAACCCGGACCCGCCGUCUGGCCCGCCGGCUCAGGCUCCGGAUCCGGAUCCGGCGGAUCCACCUCGACGACGACCGCCCGCCCGCCUCCGCCAUCCAGCACCACCACCAGCAAGGGCACGACGUCGACGACCGCCCCGCCCACGAGCACCGGCGGCACCGUCGCGCAGUUCGGCCAGUGCGGUGGGAGCGGGUACGCCGGAUCUACAGUCUGCGCCGCGCCGUACAAAUGCACCGUGCUCAACCCGUACUACUCGCAAUGUACCUGAGUCGUUGUACGAGUCUCCUAGUCUUACCACACGUUUGCAUGAAUGAACGAAUGAAUGAAUGGAUCUGACGCACACAUGCACAUGACAUUUGAAUUUGUCGAUAGCGUAGAAGUACAACAGGAGGGGGGGAGUCACGGGAUGUAUGUACAGUAUGCGAGUUUGUCUGUCUGGGUACGUAUCACGUCGUCGGUAAUCUGUAAUCUGUAAUCUGCGGGAUUCGGUGUCUGUUCUGGUGCGGAUACUUUAAUAACGUGCGGAACAUGCAGGGUGCCAGUGCGAGUAAUCUGUUUCUGUAUCUGUGCGAACGGAAAAGCGAGUGGGGGUCUGUAGCUGCAAAUCGUAUCAUAACAUAGCGAAUGCGGAUGGCAACGACGAACGAACGAGCGAGCGAAAAUACCAGUCUCCUACCGCGUAGUCGUGCGCACCCCGCUCGCCGGACCCGUCGUCCCAAACUGGCCCUGGCCUUGGCUUUGGUGGUGGUGGUGAUGGCUCCGACGCUGC